GAAAUAGAUGAAGUUGACGAGGUUGAAGAACAAGCACAAGCAACUAGGAACAAGGGAAAUGAGCAAUUGACUUCUACUUCUAAAUCAUCUUCCUUAUCUACAAGAGGAAGGGGAAGUGUGGGAUCUUCAACAAAGAGGAAGGGGCCUAUAGAUUCAUUUCUCUCAUUUGACCCGGAACUGGAUGUAGCCAAAGAUGAUAGAAGGCGAAAAUUGCGGCAAACAAGCAUUGAAGAAGGCCUCAACAAAGAUGCAGUUGCUAAAGUGCAUCAAGAUAUUGCCCGUUGGUGGUAUCAAGCGGGAAUUCCUUUUAAUGUCGUACAACUUAGGUCCUUCAGAAUUAUGUUGAAGUCAGUGGGGGCUUUUGGGCCUAACUUGCCACCUCUAACAUUCCAUCAAUUACGAGAGCCAUUGCUUAAGAAGGAGAAGAAGUACACUGAAGAUCUCAUGCAACCUCAUAAGGAGGUUUGGGCCAAAAAAUGAUGCUCUUUUAUGUCGGAUGGUUGCACUGAUUGGAAGGAAAGGACUUUGAUAAAUUUCCUUGUGAACUCUCCUCACGGAAUGGUAUUUCUUUCCUCUAUUGAUGCUUCCGAUGAGAUCAAGACUGGUGCGAGGAUGUUUGAGAUCUUAAAUGAGGAGAUUAAGAAGAUAGGGUCAGAGAAUGUUGUGCAAAUUGUGACGGAUAAUCAUGCUAGUCUCAAAUUAGCCGGUAAAUACUUGAUGGAUGAAUAUCCUCAUAUGUAUUGGACACCGUGUGCUGCUCAUUGUCUCAAUCUCAUACUUAAGGAUAUCGGAAAACUACCGUUCGUGAAGAUGACCUUGAGUCGUGCUAUGGAGUUGACGGGUUUCAUUUAUUCACAUGGUUGGGCUUUGAGGUUGAUGAGAGAGCAAAUCAAUGCUCGAGAGCUUCUUAGACCGGCGGUGACGUGGUUUGCCACUUCAUUUUUGACUUUAUCAAGCAUCCAUAAGCAGAAGAAUAAUCUAAGGAAGAUGUUUUGCUCUGAAAAGUGGGUGGAAAGCAAGUGGGCAAGAGAUCCAAAGGGCAAAGCGGCGGAGAGGACAGUUAAAAUGACUAACUUUUGGAAUAAUGUUGUUCGUGUUCUCAAGCUCACGGGUCCUCUUGUUCGUGUUUUGAAGCUUGUUGAUAACGAGAGGAAGCCGGCCAUGGGGUUUAUUUAUGAGGCUAUGGAUAGAGCCAAAGAGGCUAUUGCAAAAGCCUUUGGUGAUGAUGCAAGCAAAUAUUCGGAGGUAUUUGAGAUGAUUGAUAAGAGAUGGAAUGUUCAGUUACAUCAUCCUUUGCAUGCUGCAGGGUUUUACCUUAAUCCAAUUUUUUUCUAUGCCCACCCUAACAUUCAAGCCGAUAAGGAGAUCAUGAAAGGCCUCUGGGAAGUCAUUCAAAAGCUUGUGCCACAACAGGAUCAAGAUAAAAUUUCUCAAGAAUACACACCAAGAAGAGGAAUAGCUUUGAAGGAAAGAUUUGACUGCAAGGAUAUUGUUGAUCCAAUCAAGUUGACUGAUAUAGAUGAAAGCAACGAGUGGUUGUUAGGUCAAUUUGGAGAGGGCGACAAUGCGGAAAAUGACUUGGUGGAUGAGGAGGAUGACCUUAGAUGGGGUGUUGUAGGUGAAGCAAUGGGAGUUGAAGAAAAUUGGGGACCAAAUUUAAGGUCUACUGCUACUGCUAGGGUUCGAGGAUCUUCAAGUGGUAUUGCUUCGUCAUCUAGGAGGAGGGAGCCGGACUCGGAGGAUGAAGAUGAGUUUAAUGAAGAAGAGGAAACUGAGGAUGAGGAGCCACUUCAGUUGGAUGAUGAUGAUGAUGAUGAUGAGGAUGACUAG